AUGUCCGGGGGCUUCGAGCUGCAGCCGCAGGACGGCGGCCCCCGGGUGGCCCUGGCCCCCGGGGAGACGGUGAUCGGCCGCGGGCCGCUGCUGGGAAUAACAGACAAGAGAGUGUCCAGAAGACAUGCCAUUCUUGAGGUGGUCGGUGGUCAGCUUCGAAUCAAACCGAUACACACAAAUCCAUGUUUUUAUCAGUCUUCGGAGAAGAGCCAGCUCUUACCAUUGAAGAGAAAUCUAUGGCGCUGGUUGAAUCCUGGAGACAGUUUUUCUUUGCUAGUCGACAAACACAUUUUCUGUGUUUUCUCUACACACUCUGAAACAGAAAUGGAAUGUACUUUAAGAAAUAGUCAGAUGCUUGAUGAAGAUAAUAUACUGAAUGAAACACCAAAAUCUUUCUCAGUUCACUCGCCUGAUGAGACAACUGGUGCCCCACAACUGGAAAGAAGCACAGAAAUACCUAAGACCCAAACUACUUCUGCAAAUAAUGAGUGUUUCCUAGGUGAAUGUAGAGACCUCAGUAAGCAACAGUCAAACCCUGCACAGAGGAGAAGAAUCCUUCCAGCAUGGAUGUUAACAGAAAAUCUCAGUUAUCAAAAACUUUCAGCACCAGUCAGCAGCGGGGGUAGGUUUUAUAAUAAUAUAAUCCAGGAAAGUGAAAAAGAAGGAAUCUGCAAAGAUAAAACUCAAGUAAACAUAACACAGCAAGGAAGAAAGCGAUUAAUUUCAUCAGGAGGUUCAGAAAGUACAUCUGUAGAACAAGACACAGGGAAAAAGUGCAAAAAUGCUGAUCAGGAAGAGUCUGUCACUUCAUCCAAGGCAAUGCCAAAGUCAUGUUCUGCAAUCUUGUUAAGUAAUGCAGAGGUGAAUGAUAUGAAGGCUAAUAUACAGAGAAAUGAAAUCCCAAUAGAGGAACUUGGUAAGGUUCCUGAACAUAAAAGUAUUGUGAAAGGAACACAAAGUAAAGAAGGCGAGGAGAUGAGCUGUUCUGAGAGUCACUUGAGUGCCCAGGACAAGUCCUUCCAUGAGGAGUCUCAAGGAUCUCCUCCCGAGUCCAGCUCUGAUCUCUCCAAUCUUGAAACUUUGCAUGCAAAGGCAACUGACUCAGUUGCACAAGGUUCUGAAGAAAACAAGGUCAGGAGGACAUCUUGCAUGUAUGGGGCAAACUGCUACAGGAAGAAUCCUGUUCAUUUCCAACACUUCAGUCACCCUGGUGAUAGUGAUUAUGGAGGUGUACAAGUCAUGUGUCAAGAUGAGGCUGAUGACCGACCUGAAUGUCCCUAUGGAGCAUCCUGUUACAGGAAGAAUCCCCAGCACAAGAUAGAAUACAGACAUAGUGUACUUCCAGUGAGAAGUGUAUCAGAUGAAGACAGUGAUAAUGUUGGGCAACCCAAUGAGUACGACCUCAAUGACAGCUUUCUAGAUGAUGAGGAAGAAGAAUAUGAGCCGACAGAUGAAGAUUCUGACUGGGAACCAGGACAGGAAGACCAAGAGAAGGAAGAUGUGGAAGAGCUUUUGAAAGAAGCAAAAAAGUUUAUGAAAAGGAAAAAGUAACUUUUUUCUGCGAUAAUAUAUGGCUCACAGUUAUUCUUUAUGGAAAAAAUUCAGGUACUAAGGAGGCACUUAAGCGAUAAUUGUUUUCCUUCUUUUGAUAGUUAUGACUUUGCUAUAGACUCUGUGCAGAUGAAACAUUGAUAUAUCAACCUUUGAUGCAGUGGAUGGAAUUUGUUUUGUUGCCUUGCUUUUUCUACCCUAUUUAAAGCAUCUAGAAAUAGGAAGCAGA